CAACGCUCAAACGGAGUCAGGAGAGUCAUACGCGCGCGCAGCUGUAGUGCAGUAGCCAGGCAAGCGCAGACGCUCAAUUCAAGAAGAAACUUGGAGCUUAAACAUGGAGUGCUGAUGGCUUUAUAGCGGAUUCUUCUGCUUCGCCGAGCUAUUUUUGUGUGUGGAUAAAAUACUUUUUCUUUUUAAUCGUUUUUACUUUGCGAAAAGAUGUUGGACAAACGCGUAGUCGAGUCGCGCCGAGACCAAACCGAAGACGUGAGAGGAAAACUCGCUCCAACUAAAGAGUCCUUUGAGAAGAAGUAUAAGUUAGGAGCUCUGCUGGGAAGCGGCGGAUUCGGCUCUGUGUUUUCAGGACAGCGAAUCUCCGAUGGUUUACAGGUCGCUAUCAAACAAGUGUGCCAUGACAGAGUGCAGCAGUGGGCGGAACUGCCUGGUGAUUCAAGCCCGGUCCCCAUGGAAGUGGCGCUGCUGCUGCAGCUGGGAGGUUCAGGCCACCCUGGUAUCAUCCGAAUGCUAGACUGGUUCGAGGCGCCCGGUAAGGGCUUCUUUAUCGUGUUCGAGAGGCCGCAGCCGUGCCAGGAUCUAUUCGACUUCAUCACCGACCGUGGUGCUGUAGAUGAACUGAUCGCACGAAGGUUUUUGAAGCAGGUAGUCGAAGCGGUUCAGUUUUGCCACUCGAGGGGAAUCGUCCAUCGGGACAUUAAAGAUGAGAACAUUUUAGUAGACACACGGACUGGAGACGUCAAGAUCAUUGACUUUGGAUCUGGUGCUCUGCUGAAGGACACGGCCUACACAGACUUUGAAGGAACCAGAGUUUACAGCCCACCUGAGUGGAUUCUGCAUCAGCGCUACGAAGCACUUCCGCUCACCGUCUGGUCAUUGGGCGUCUUGCUGUUCGACAUGGUAUGCGGAGACAUUCCCUUUGAAAGAGACAGAGACAUCAUUCAGGCUACGCCCAGUUUCACUAAGCGCAUCUCUAAUGAAUGCCAGUCGCUUAUCCGCUGGUGCCUCGCAUACCGCCCACAGGAGCGUCCAAGCUUAGAGCAGAUUUUGCUGCAUCCCUGGAUGUCAGAGAGCUUGGAUGACAUCGGAGACCUGCAAGAUGACAGCAACAUUGCGCCAAGCCUUUAACUUCACACGUGGACCAAUUUCAGAUGGCUGUCAAAACUUUACACCUGCUGUUCGAUUAAUUAUACACUGGAUCACAUCACACUCUUUUUUUUUUUUUUACUCUGGCUUCUCAGCACGUCCCUGGUUUCUUUAAUGGAAAUGUUCUCCGCCAUCGUGUCAUCCCCUCCCAUGGACGCCGUCCUGUCCCCUGUUCUUCUGCAGAUCCAGCACAUGUGUGUGUGUUUUUUGAAUCUACACUGCUGUACACAUCUGGUGCUCUGCUCGGUUUAUUUAUUUACCUAUUUAUUAACUCGGACACAUCUAAUAGGUAUUUAUGUUCUGGACGUAAGGGAGGAAGUUUCAAAAACAAUUCAGUUCUCAUUCACGGUGAAGGACUUAAAGCCGUCGUUGACUGAAUAUAUAGUGCUGCCUGGUUCUACAGGCUGUUUUCUUUUGUAUAUAUUAUUGUACCCUCAUUUUAAGAGGAGCGUCAUGUCCUGCUGGGAACAACAGCGACUCACAGUGACAUGAUGGUGUUUUGUUCCAGGAAACUUUCCUGUAAAUCCUGUUUGAGUUUAAUAACACAACCACCGCUGUUCACUAAAAUGUCCUUAUGGGAUUUUUGUUUUGUUUCGUUUUGUUUGUUUUGUUUAAGCAACAUGCCUUUUACUUUCGAUAUCUGUUUGGUUUUUGUUUUUGUUUUUUUGUUAAAUGCCCUGAAGUCAUACCAAUGUUCAAGAAUGUAAACAGCCAAAAUUAUGGUGCUGAACCGGUCAUGUGAUUUUACACUCAGUCAGAAAGACAAAACAUGAGUGUUGUUCGUGAAUCGCAACCGGUGUUUGUUUACCUAAAAAGAAGGAAAAAUUCUGUUAAAGCCAAAGAGAUAAAAAGCUAAAAAGCACUAGAUUGUUUUAAAUUACGUGACAUUUAAUGACUAAUUGUAUCCUUGUUUAAAUCUCAGGACCAAAUGUCAGAAUUGAAUGUUUAAAAUCGGACCUUAUCUAAUGCAACAACUUUGAAUGUAUUAGUUCCUGUACUAUUCAAUUUGGCUUUUUUUAUACAAAGUUUCAACUUGUGUUUUAUCAAACAUUGAAAAUGAGAAUCCUUGCUGGUUUGCUUGGGUUCGUACAACAACUCUGCAAAUACUUGUGUAUUGAAAUUUGUAAUAUUGUGGCAGCAGUCACAUGACCUUAUUUAAGUUAAAUUAAAAGAAUUCAAGCAA